UGAUAUCAAUUCAUCGGAUUCAUUAUACCUGUACCUGUCUGUGUACGAUAACUACGGCUUCGCUUUGAGAGUACCGGAACCGUGAACUCGCAGAACCCACUAUGACCAUCGAGCAUCUACUACAGCACACCAACCAAAUCCACCAUCGCCGCCAGAUCAGCGACAACGACAAUGGCAGAUAUAACACAAACCCCCCUCUUCGUCUCGCUCUUCACGCCCUCGCCAUCAAAGGCAACAAAGUCGCCACACCAACAAGCCGAUCAGCCAGGGACAGAAAGGGGCACCGUCCAAAAAGAGACGCACCAUCACCCUCAUCAUCACCAUCAACACCACCAUCUGCGCAUGGGAGCCUCGUCGAUAGUAGACAUGUUAUUCACGCCGCCCCUGCCGACGUACCUGCGCAAGGAAUCUAGCGCUAAAGCGACGAGCUCUAGAACCACGGAGGGAGAGCAACCGAUGGUAGAUGUACGAGAGGAGAAAGAGGAGGAGAAGCAGAAAGAGAAGGACGGACAAAAAGAAUAUCGCAAUCGCACACAGCAGCUUCCACAUCCCGCACCCCCAUUUCUCGCACCUGCAUCGCCGCUCGCAAGACACAAGGACGGACGUGGAGAGGGGUAGGACAGAGGGCAUGGCGCUUGCGUGGUGCUGAGCCGUUUCUUCUUAGCUCUUUGAGAUAUUCUUCUUCUCUUCAUGGUUUUGGCUUUUUGUGAGAUACCACUGCUGGAAGUUACGAUCGAGCAUGAUUACACAGCCAGGGGAGGCUCGAUCUUUGCAAUCGAAGCCUGUCCGCUCUAAUAUCCAGAGGAAUCAAUUGUCGU